UCAAAGUCAAAAUGUGUCAUACACAUUAAUAAAAUUCCAAACUAUCGUGACGCAGUGACAGCUGUCGUUGUUUAAUGAACCAGUGAAGUUGAUAAACAUUGACGUAAUUAAUAUUGCAAGAGACCUGAAUAAUAUCUAAAUACCUGCAUGAAGUCAUCAUGACAAAAUUAUCUCUUUCAUUCACUUUUUUAAUGAAUUUUCAAAGUAAAAUGCGACACCACAUUCGUUUGAGUACACAAAACACCACCAGCAACAUGUUGCUGCAACAUAUAGCCUAUGUAAUGUUUUCCUUGCGACGCUACAAGUGUCAAUGCAGCAACAAAAAUUAAUAAAAACACACACACAUGAGUACACAUAUACAUACAUAAACAUGAGCGACACAUAAAAAUGCGUCCCAGCUAACCCAAUAAAGCGUACGCUUUGCCCGUCUACCGACCAAGCAGCUACCUGAACACCAGCCAACAGCCACCAGUCGCUGCCAUAAACAUCACAACCCGCCGCACACUGGAGCAUUGAGCGAACCAACUGAACGCCAGCCAGCCAACGGAGCACAUGUUUACAAUGGCUGGAACAACAAGUUCUUCGAAGCUUACUGUUGUUGCUGUCGCUUGUAUUUGAGAGUGUCUCUGUGUGUGUGUGUUUACUUGGCCCGGCGCUCGACAUACAUCGCUUGGCACAUUUGUAAAUGUGGAAUGCUGUUCCAUUGCCAUUGUGUUCCAGCGCAAAAGCUCGUCGCAUCAAAGGAAGUUGGCCCAGCACGACACAGUUUGCUCGAACACAAUUUUCAGUCUCGCGGCAAAAGUUGAAACGAACGGUUGGUGAACACGGAAAACACGGUGAACUCGUUGAAAAAAGUGAAAAUUUCAUAAAAAAUAUAUACACACACACAUGUGUAUAUAUAGUUAUAUAUAGUGUAAUUGAGUGAAACACAACAACAACAAAACCAACAAACUGAAGUAAAACUCCAUUCCGCAGUCGUGCAUUGCUUUGGGAAAAUGAAAUAAAUUACGUUCGAAAUGCUAACUUAUUUUAAUUUCGCUUGUUUACGCGCCUUAAAUUAUGCAGGAGAAAUGCAAACGAGCGUGAGGAAGUUGAACAGCCGUUGAGUGAUGUCUUAGUAAAAUAAAGAAAAAAAAAUAUACAUACUCGUACACCGAAAAGCGGCUAAAACAAAGGCCGAAAACCAAUCAGUGUUUAAAUUUAAUUUUCUUGGUGCGCGGCAAGUAGUUGGAGCGCAGCAAAAGUGAAAUACUCAAAAUUCCUAAAAAAUAACAAAAACAACAAAUGCAGGUCUGAACAAGCGCUUACAAGCUGCCAAGCUAUGAACGUUGUAGUAAAUGAAAUCUGCAACAAAAACAACAAAGUAGCGCUAUUAGAAUUUAGCUAAGCUAUUAAAUUUACGCGACGCGGAGAAAAUUCUUGCAGAGUAUAAACACAUAUACACAUAACAUUGAUAUACGGACUACAGAUGUACUACGCGACUAAAGUGUAAACGUAAUAAGCGUGAAUAAAGUUACAGAAAUAAAAAUAAAAUAUUGCAAAUAAAAUUAAAAAAGAACAAGAAAAAAAUUGAAAAUUUAAAAAUCGUGAAAAUCCCAAAACAGUGUAAAACAUAAUAAAUAAUAAUAAAAAACAACAACAACAAUAAAAAAAUUUUGUCAGCAAAAAUUUUCAAUCAAAGCAAAUUCAAUUUAAAAGGCGUUAAAACGUUUGCCGCACAACAAGUGCAAGCAGCUACUACUAAACAGAAACAAAGUGAGAGGUGCUUCGCAUUGCAUUUCCGCAUUUGAAGCGAGCACAACUAGAGCAAAUAAAUCAGUAGCAACAGUAAUAGCAGCCCAAAUAUUACAAGCAACACAAAAAAAUUUCAUGAUUUGAACUGAUUUUUCUAAAAUCAACGGUGCAGAGACAGACCGACGCUACGUUUCCCAAUCUGGCAUGAGUAUAAAAAAUUAUUGAAUGCUAUGUGCAGGAAACAGCAAUAAAAUAUUGAAUAUAUACAUACAUACAGAUGCAUAUAUGUGGAGUGUUAUUAUGAACCGCUGCCGACUUGAAUAUUUCAAAAACAAACACAUACACAUACAUGAGGCAAAUGCAUGAAUGAGCAGAAGAAGCGAGAAAUUCAAGUAGCAAAAUCAGCAAACGGUCGCUGCAGCACUGGUGUAUGUAUAAUAAUAAGCCGCAGCAACAUCUGUUGAAUGCCAAUGUAAUCGAUUGGAAUUGCCGCAACGACAGCAAAAACCGCCUUACACAGGGAUAUGCACGCAGCGCUAUACUACAAACACAUGCACAUGCAAUUAAAUAGCGAUUUAGAUUUUUUGCCCGACAAUAACGGAGGAUAUUAAAACUGCGGCAAAUACACCCGUUAAGGGCGGCUGUACUAAACAAACAAACGCGCAGGGAUAAGCCAUAAGCCGUACACUCAUUGGAGCGCCGCACGACCGUAGCAAACUUCACGGCACGCAACAUGGCCGUGCCCAUCGAUGAGGGCGUGCUGAGCGCUCUGCGUGGCAUAGCGAGCAAGAAUACACGUCUGCCCAAACCGUUGCUCAUCAAAGUUUACGUGUCCAGCUUGAAGGAGGAAUUUUGUCAGGAGCGACGCAUGCUUUUGGAACUUGUGGGACCCGAACUGCAGUCCAUUUAUGAUGACAGACAAAUCGAGAUCGAAAUCGUCGACAUGCACUUCGGCACUGGCCCAUUGCAGAUUAUGCAAGUGGAACAAGAGCCAUACAUACUACAUGACUAUCUACAUGAAAUUGAAACGUGCUACAAUAAUUCGAAGAGUGUCUUCUUCCUUGCACUUAUCGGCGAUAGCAUCGGUCCCAUGCCAUUACCGACACACAUCGACGUAGACAUUUUCACCGACAUACUACAGCAGGCGCAAACGAGCAGUGACGACCGAAAGCUGCUGCAAAAGUGGUACGCAAAGGACACCACAGCCGACACACAGACUGCCAACAGCAGCGGAGAGGCAGGCGGCAGCGGCGUAGCUGACACGCACACAUAUGUGCUGAAGCAGGACUAUCGUUCAAUGUUACUUGAAAAAUGGCAUCCGGAGUAUUUGCAGCUGCGUGAUGCUAUCGAGCGCGCACUGCGAAGCAUUAAACAAAAUGCAAACUGCGCUAAAACACAGCCGGACGACUACAUAAAGCGUGUGCAGAAGCUCAGAGAAACACAAUUGGAAAAGGAAGUGCAGAGAGCAUUGGAACUCUCGAAUGACAAAAUUCUGGCUGUGUUCCGUGAAUGGUCCUCACAAAUGAAUACCAAAAACGUAGAAGCGGGCGAACGAUUAAGAAAAAUGAAAGAUGAGCUCACUAUGAAUCUUUCCUCCGAUAAUUAUACCACACUAGUUGUCGCUGGCAAAUCGAAUGAGGGCACAAUCGAUCCGGACAAUGAGGAUCAUGAAACGUAUUUGAGUAAAUUUAAAAAUAAAGUAUUCGAUAAACUACGCUUUCUCAUCGAAGAGCAGAUAACCAAUGAUCCUGAUGUCAUCAAGGGGAGAAGAAAGACUGUGCAGGAAAUUUUCCAUGAACACGCCACACACUUGCGCAUCCUCCGCGAACAUCAUGAUACCGGCGCGCUCGCCUCGAGUCGCGUACCCGGCCGCUUGCGCCAGAAUCUGCUGGCCAAUUUCCGCAACGGCAGUCGCCAUGCGCCCUACUUCAUUUAUGGGCCACACGGCAGCGGAAAGAGCGCGCUCAUGGUGAACUUGUACCAACAGUGCCGCGAUUGGUUCAAUUCGACGCGCGUCUAUCGUGUCAUGCGCUUCGCCGCCGCCUCACCGCGUUCCGCCUACAAUCUGGAGUUGCUGCGCGUUAUUUGUCAACAAAUCUCCAUUAUUUACGACAUACCCGAGGGUUAUCUACCCAAAGAUGCCUCCUUCGAUCCGGUGUACAUCAACAGCUGGUUCCAGAAUUUGCUGCGUCGCAUUGAGGACAUGAAUAAUGAUAUAUUCUUCAUAUUCAUCGAUGACUUGCAUUUACUGAAUCCACUCGAUUGUGAUGUGGUCGCGGCAUUAUCCUGGUUGCCCACCUCCUUGCCGUGGAAUGUGCAGCUUAUUUGUUCCACAACCACGCCCAUCGAACAGUUGCGCUUCACGCCCAUACAACGUGAUCGCUUCAAAUCUGCGGAGUUUCUUUUCGAUUUGACUACGGAGGAGAAUCGCACGGAAUUGCAUAAGCCGUUGGCGCUGGCGGCCGGCUUGCCAGAUGUCAGCUUUACAGACUUCGUAGCGCACGAGUUCGAUCGUUUGGAGGUGACUUAUGGCAGACGAUGUGUGUCGCGCUUGGCGGGCUACAUCACAUGCUCGGAGUUUGGCUUGUCGGAAACGGAGUUGUUGGAGUUGUUGAUGCCUACUGAGGAUCCGGAAAUGUUCGUAGAUACAGAUAGAGGCAAUUUCAACUUUUCCUCAUUCAAGCAGAUACACAAUGAUAUGAAGUUUCUACUGCGCGAUAAAAUAAUGUCCGGCAAAGUGCUGUUGCAGUGGCGCCACAGCUAUUGCGCCGAGCUGUCGAGAAAACGCUACAUGGAUGCGCAGAGCACACGUGCCAUGCAUAUAGCCAUCGCGAAUAUAUUCUUUCAACAAGAGAAUGAGGAGAAUGAUGCCAGCACCAGUGAGAAUGCGUCAGGUGAAAGUGACAAACACUCAGUAAUCAGUCAAAAGGAGAAGGAGAGCAUAUCUGCUUCGGAACGCAAAUCAUCAUCACAUCACAAUGAUGACACAUCCACCUUUUAUAAUCCCAUCGCCGCCGAUGUCUCGUACAGCAUGCGUCAUGUGGAGGAGAGUUGGCAUCAUUUGAUGCGCUCCGAUGAUAUUGCGAAAUUCAAACAAAUUGCUGUUUGUAAUUUCGAUUUUCUACUGGCAGCGGUACAAACUGUCUCCAUCAGCUAUCUGCGUUGCCUCAUCGAGCAUGUGCGCUGCUAUCUACUGGAUCGCGAUAUCGAACUCAUCUAUUAUACAAUACGCAAGUCGAGCGAUGUGCUCACACGUGAUCCCAUGCAGCUUGGCUCACAGCUCAUCUCUUGGCUGCGGCCAAUCAGCGAGCAUGACGAGAACGACAACUCACUGCUCAGCAUAACGGUACGCUCGGCUACAGCCUGGUGUGAUGGCUACACGGUGCCACUGCUGGUGCCACUCACCGGCUGGCUGCCGGCCACUUUGCCCUCACAAAUACGCGUCAUGACGGUGACCGGCACCGGACAGGUGCGUGACGUCUGCGUCUCACCCACCAAGCAACAUCUCAUAUUGGCAACCAAGUCGGGCGAUGUGCAACUCUGGCACAUAAUGAGUAACUCGUUGGAGCACAUCUUUAAAGGUCACACCGCCGCAGUCACGUGUCUCUUAGUUGCACAACAAUCCGAUAUCCUGCUGACUGGCUCCGAGGACAACACGGUGCUGGUGUGGAACGUGACAACGCGUGUGCUGAAGGCUCAUAUUAAAUCUCAUGGUGGCAUUGUGACCUGCGUCGCAGCUGGCGUCAAUAGCACUUUGGCCAUUAGUGGCAGCGAGGAUUCGACGAUUGCAAUUUCCGAUAUACACAGCGGAAAAUUGCUCCACAAAAUCACACAUCAUCGCGCCGCUGUGACAAGCGUUAAGGUGAGCAAUGCCUGCGAUGUGUUGAUCUCAUCGAGUCGCGAUAAAACCAUUUGCUUAUGGUCCUUGGAUGAUUAUACGCUGCUGAACAGCAUGCAGAUGUGCAGUCCGGUGCGGCGAAUUGACAUCUCUUGUGACUCGGUCUUUCUGUUGGCACACUGUGAAGAUAAUGUCCUGUAUUUGCGCACAUUGGCUACCGGCAAGGAGCUGCAUGCCCUCAAAGGUCACAAGUCACAGCUCCACGCCAUUGCCAUCGCUAAGGACAGUCAACGUGCCGUCGUUGGUGGCGAGGAUACACGCGCACUCAUUUACGAUAUGCACUCUGGUCGCCUCAUACGCUCAAUGCCACCCAAUCCCGGUUCGAUUUCAGCACUCUAUAUAAUGGACAAUGAUGAUUUCCUAAUCACAGUCGGCGGCAAUAAGAUCACUUUCUAUUCAUUCCGCAACGAGGAGCUCUACGUGCAUCCAUAUUCCCAUAAUCAGCGCAGAAAACGCUCAUUGAAGCGCGCUCAACAAUCGCAACGUUCACCGUCGACAACGCUACCGCCGAUUACAUGCUUCGAUAUAUCACGUGAUUCGCAAUUGGCCGCAAUCGCUUCGAGUCGCAGUGUGCACAUUUUAAAGAUCAACACUCCCGAAUAUCAGACCACGCUCGAUGGGCAUGCAGCACCGGUGACAUGUCUGAAUUUCGCGCCGAACGGUGAGUAUCUGGCGACUGGUGCGGACGAUCGCACAGUGCAUGUUUGGAAUUUGGCAUUGGGUGAGGUCACCAACUCAUUCAAGGGUCACAAUGCAUCGGUCAGUUGCGUCGUAGUGCUGAUGGACUCGCGCCGUAUCAUCUCAACCGAUCGCGAUUCCAUGAUGUAUGUGUGGCUGGCCGAAGGCGGCAACUUAUUGCAAACCAUACAGGGUCCGUACAAGUUUUUGGCUGUCACAAAUAAUAUGAAGUUCGCAGUCUCUACAAAUGGUGACAAUACGCUGAAGAUCUGGUCCCUCACGCGUGAGGACGAAAAGUACACCGUUUCACAUUCGGACGAGAUCACUUGCUUCACAAUCACCGCCGAUAGUUUGUAUAUAAUAACCGGUUCGCGUGAUAUGUCAUUGAAGGUAUGGCAAGCGACUGGCGGCAAGCUGGCACAAGUACUCGUCGGACACACCGAUGCGGUGAAUUGUGUCGCAGUGUCAGUGACCAAUAAGACACAAGUCAUAUCCGGUUCGAAGGAUACCAAUCUAAUUAUUUGGGAUCUGCAUACGGGCGAGGAGCUGCACACAUUGGCCGGACAUUUAGCACCGGUUCUGGGUGUCAAAGUGUCGGCAGAUGGUUCAACGGCAAUAUCGGGCAGUGACGAUAAGACACUAAUUGUCUGGGAGACCAAACGCGGUUUGGCGCUCACUUCGCUACAAAUGCAUGUGCCCUUCCAACGUUUCGACAUUAGUCUCGAAUGUUCGCGUAUUUUGGUGCAAUUGAUGGAGAGUUUCAAUCUACCCGUUAUUUGUCUACACAACACGCCAGCACAAUAUGUUAAACUCCCAACUUACUCAGCGCCAGCAAUGGAUGCGGAAGACUUGCGUCCACAAGGACCCAAACGUCAAAUGAAGCGCUUACUCAAGAAGGAAGUAUCCUUGGACACAUACACCUGGCAGAAGAAGUACGGUCAUCUCACUUCUUCGGUUAUGAUGGCACAGGUAGAUGAACGCCUGAAGCGACGCUUCUCCGUCUCCGCCAGCAUGGAGGAAAUUUCGAAGAUCGCCGAAAUGAAAACAAUCACUUCACAAACUAAUCUGGGUCCAGAACAAGCUGCGCUGGCACAAUCGCAGCACUUCGAUCAGCUGGAGGCACUUUGGAAUAAACGUUCGCCACCGCGAAGGAGACACAAUGCGGGUCUCUCACGGCAAACAUCGCUCGUCGAGGACCGCCUUGAGUCAUCCGAUGACGAUGAGUAUCACGACGAACGUACAGGUAUGUUUUCACUCUCGUGCGAUCACAUACACUUAUUAGCACAUAUACCGAGCAUGCUGCGAAUGCGUUCACUUUCCUUGCAAGAGCACAUUUGGGUUACAUGUAGUAUGAAGGUACCGAUUGCCCAUUUAGCACUACAACAACACCGCCACCAAUACCGUCACCAUUUCCACAUGCCACACCAUCACUCAUAUACCAUACAACACACCACCACCACCACCACUACCACUACCACUUUCAACAACACAACCGGUAGCAGCAGCAAUUUCGAAACGCUGAGCAACAAUAGCAACAACAGUUGUCAUAACAACAACAGCAACAGCGUUAAUGUUACUAACACUAAACAACACACUAAAAACCAUACGCAUACCUGCGCCUGCGUGCUGUUCCACCAACAAAGUCAGCUGACCAACGAACAACAACAAGAACAAUACCAACAACGUCGACGUUGCAACAGCAGUGCCAGCGCACUGAUGCAACAACCAGAUUUAGUACGCGACUUGCAGUGUGACGCAGCGCCCCAGUCGGUCUGCGACGAUGCGAGUUUAGAGAAUGCAGAUGAAGCAACCGACUACCUCGGUCGCGCGCGUCGCCUCUUCCACUGGCGCAGCUUCAAAUCGCAACGCGCGGCAAACGCACAGAAGUGUCACUCUUUGCAACCGCAAAUUUACUUAAACACCACAACAACUUUAAGCUCUACUCACACAUCCAACUAUCAUUGCAGUGCACAGGCUGGUCUACCGCCACGAGCCACGCCCAUUAUCAUCGUAGAGAAUUAUGAUCAUCGCAAUGUCCAUCAAGUGCGCACAAAUCGUGUAAUCCAUCCGCAUACGGGACGCGCCGCUUGGGGUCAGACGGCCGAUGAGGCCGCCACCGAACUGCGUUGCGGCAAGAAGCGACGUUGCGUGAACAGUAAAGUGGCACCAACGCACACAACAACAACGCAUGCGAGCGCCACACAUUCGUCCAAUCAGCGACCUUUCAGUGACACAGCGUUGCCAACACACGUUCGGAUGUCCGAAUAUUUGCGACGCAGCUUGCGUAUGUCGCGCAUAUUCAAGCGAUCACACUCGCAUGGCGAGAAGUCAUCACAACAAGCGGAGACGCCCAUUGGCAAUAAGGGGAAACCAGUUGCGGCUGAAGCUGACUACAAGUAUGCUGAAAAUCCGGGGGGUGCACUCUGUAGCCGAGCACAUAAGUUGCAUCAUAAAUUUAAGAUAGAGAAGUUAAAAGAACAUAGGCGUACUAAAUCCGUGGAUAAGGAGGGAGAUUACGCGAACACCUCUUGUGUGACACAGUAGUCGUAGUGGUGCAAAGGAAUUAACGUAGCUUUAGGGCUUAGUUCAUAGUGUGGACUGUAAACGCGACGGGCUUUGGUGCUGAUACGAAGUUUAUAGUGGCCUCCAAAAUAUAUCACGUUUCCAAUGCACUAUAUAUGCUUUAUUUUUUAUCUCUCCACCUUAAUGUGCCUAGGUUUAACUAUAUCUGUAAACUUCGGAGACCCGAAAGCGAAUUUUAAUUUGAUAAGUAAUUUUUCGAAAUAUACAUACAAUCAUACUUUAUUCAGUCCAUGCUCUAUCAAAUUCCGCUCACAAGGAACAGUCCAACUCUUACACUUGAUAUAUAAAUAAUUUCCUUUAACUCCUGUUGGAGCACAGCGCAAGAACAAAUUACACUUCCAUAAUUCCUUUCCAAAUGAAGAAGUCCUCACCCACAUUUUUGUCUCAUACCAUAUAGAAGAGCACUUUACGCUUCGUCGCUAUCAGCAUAUACUUCACAGUUUUUGUAAAGCGUAGAUCCUUGAUAUAUAAUAUCUUUCAUAGCAGUACAGAUGAAGUGUCAACGAGAUUACCAAGAUUUCGACAAUCAUUUAUCUAGCGAUGGCAGCUAUUAUUUUCUUAUCGUUCUUAAAUAUUAUAUUUAUUUACCAUGUGUAGAGGUAGGACUGUGUCUUUUAAAAACAUUUUGUGGGAUUGAAGCAUAAAUCCGGGCAGUUUCUAAAUCUCCUCUCUUAUCAUUAGACAAUUUUGAUUGGAAAUUAAAAAAAAUAAACGAUUAAUCGAACAAUUUAAAAUUGAAUAUUGCAACUAUGUAAUGAUGAGAUGUGUCCUUAAAAAAUCACGAAUAUUAUAUAUAAAAUAUAUGUAUAUACAAAGUACAGCAAAUGAUGGAAUUUAUAAAGGGUGAUUUUUUAAGAGCUUGAUAACUUUUUAAAAAAAAAAAACGCAUAAAAUUUGCAAAAUCUCAUCGGUUCUUUAUUUGAAACGUUAGAUUGGUUCAUGACAUUUACUUUUUGAAGAUAAUUUCAUUUAAAUGUUGACCGCGGCUGCGUCUUAGGUGGUCCAUUCGGAAAGUCCAAUUUUGGGCAACUUUUUCGAGCAUUUCGGCCGGAAUAGCCCGAAUUUCUUCGGAAAUGUUGUCUUCCAAAGCUGGAAUAGUUGCUGGCUUAUUUCUGUAGACUUUAGACUUGACGUAGCCCCACAAAAAAUAGUCUAAAGGCGUUAAAUCGCAUGAUCUUGAUGGCCAACUUACGGGUCCAUUUCUUGAGAUGAAUUGUUCUCCGAAGUUUUCCCUCAAAAUGGCCAUAGAAUCGCGAGCUGUGUGGCAUGUAGCGCCAUCUUGUUGAAACCACAUGUCAACCAAGUUCAGUUCUUCCAUUUUUGGCAACAAAAAGUUUGUUAACAUCGAACGAUAGCGAUCGCCAUUCACCGUAACGUUGCGUCCAACAGCAUCUUUGAAAAAAUACGGUCCAAUGAUUCCACCAGCGUACAAACCACACCAAACAGUGCAUUUUUCGGGAUGCAUGGGCAGUUCUUGAACGGCUUCUGGUUGCUCUUCACCCCAAAUGCGGCAAUUUUGCUUAUUUACGUAGCCAUUCAACCAGAAAUGAGCCUCAUCGCUGAACAAAAUUUGUCGAUAAACACAUUUCGAACCGAACACUGAUUUUGGUAAUAAAAUUCAAUGAUUUGCAAGCGUUGCUCGUUAGUAAGUCUAUUCAUGAUGAAAUGUCAAAGCAUACUGAGCAUCUUUCUCUUUGACACCAUGUCUGAAAUCCCACGUGAUCUGUCAAAUACUAAUGCAUGAAAAUCCUAACCUCAAAAAAAUCACCCGUUAUUUCCAUUUAACCUCUAUUUGUGCACUUUUUAAGUAAAAAUUUUAGAUUUAUAUUUUUACAUGGAAAUACUUUUAGUUAUAAAUGAUAAAAACUAUAUUUCAGAAAGGGGUUUUUAAUUACGAUAAUAUCACCCUCAUUUUGAGUGUCAACUGGCAUAGAAUCCAUCGGGUAUAUAUAAUAUGAAAAAAAUCGCAAAAGUUUUAUAUAAAAUAUACAUCUAGCAACAAUAAAUUCUUGCCGUCAACUUUACUUCAAACACACAAGACGAAUCAGUCAUCAAAGUGCCUACAUAUUUACACUAACACACACGUUAUAUAGCGGUACCAUAUUUUUUUUUCUAUCCUAAAUAUUUUCUUUAUGUAAUUCAUUACAAUUCAAUCUUUAAAUAAUUUAUUAAAAUGUAUUUUCAAUGAUAUUUUGCAUGAAAUUUUUGGAAAUAUUUCACACAACUAGUUCGCAUUAUGAAUGUGCUACCACAAAAUAUGAAUAUUUUACACCAUUUUAGAUUUGUAAUUAAAAUAUAUUUGCGAUUAUAAGUAGUGUUGAAGCAUGGAAAAAAUUUAGUAAAUCACGAAUUUUUGUAAUUUAAUGUUUUUUAGUUUAAUUAUAUUCUUGAUGUAGAAUUUAGAUUUUUUAAAUUUAUUUCUGGCGUCAAGUAAGUAUGUAUGUAUAAAAAAUAAAGUUAAUAAAGUGCGAAAAUCGUAAAGAAGAUUUUAUAUAUUUUUUUU